GCGAUGGAAGCGAAUCCCAUCGUGAUGUCCAAGCAGCGGGAGGAGGUGGUACACGGGGUCCCCACGGAGGUGGUGUGCACAGCAUUCUCCAACUCCAUCCUUGUGGUAGUCACACAGUAUGGCAAGAUGGGCACCAUCGUUUAUGUGGACCCCAACACAGUCGGUGACAACGUGAGCAGGCCCUCGCUCACCACAAAGGUGCUGCUGGGCAAGGAUGAGCCCCUCGUUCAUGUUUGUGCCAAAAACCUGGUGGCAUUCGUGUCUCAGGAAGCUGGGAACAAACCCGUUCUUCUCGCCAUGGCUUUAAAGGACAAGACCAUGGAAGGAAUACAAGCUCUACGGGAAGUGAUCCGAAGUUGCCAAGUGUGGUGAAGUUGUGCCAUCUGGAUUCAAGGAAAUGAUCUUGAGUCUGUGACUCAUCACCACCUAUUUAGAAGGACAAGAAAUGAAAAUGAUGGAAUGUCUUUGUGCUGGUUUUGGACGAACUGAGGAAUUUCAUGAAUUUUUCUCUACUGUGUAGAACAUUUGUGGGUUUUGUUACUGUGACAGGUUUGCAGUCCAUACAGUCAGUGAUGAGACGAGGGCAAUUGUCUCAACAUACAAGAGAAGUGUUAUUUUAAUGAUGUUGGGUGGGAUGUAUAUUUGGGAAGUGGCGUGGCUCUGCGUUUGUAUCCUGAGGAGCAAUGGAUGCCAAGCUCUGGAGCUGCACUGCACCGCAGAGGGGGAACACCCAGUGCAGAGUGAAUAAAAGAAACACUGACAAAUCUAAUUUUACCUGUUUUCUUUUUUGCUCUCUGAAAAUUGCUUCAAUUGAAAUACAAGCCUGUAACAAAUCAACAGCAGUUGCAUAAUAGGAAA